CAUGACCCUGACGGCCGCACCAUACGCAAUUCCCUUGCCAUAAGUCUACUUUCGACAAGCAAACGAGGACGGGUUACACGAGUUACAUAGCCCUAUACAGACGCUCCAGUUUUGUAACGUCUUGGUUUUUAUCCCCUAAAGUAUUUAGGACAAGCCUAACUAGCCACAAACUUCGCUAAGGGGACUGGCUUGGGUGUUGCUGUCUGGAAAAUGGCCGCAGAUCCUGGGCCUUCCGGAGAGCCUAGGACCGCACACCACCACCUAUUUUUAUGUGGCAUACCUCCUCGUCUGCCCAGAGAGGAGGUGGAGGCAGCCCUUGCAGCGGCCCUGGAAGGCAAGAGCUUGCAGGCUUCGCUCAUAAGUGUUGUCCCUCAGUCAGCCUGGAAGAACAAAGGGUUUGGAUUUGUGGACCUCGCUGGCUCCCCUUCUGCUGAGCAGAUAGCAGCAGCUGCGACCGCGCUUAACAAGUCGGUAAUUGUGGGCUGCAAGGCCAUUUCGGUCCAGGUUUGCCGGCCUUCCGCGUCCGUCGCUAAGCCUACUGCUCGAGAUUCUCUUCAAUGGCACCAGCCUGUUGAAAAUGUGUCUCGGCUGUGCGCCCAAGUUCUUCACUCGUUCUUCGCACGACGGUUGGAGCAUUCCAGUUUCAAGGCGGAGAAACUCCUCUCCCUGCUCAGCAUCCUUAUCGCACCCUCUUGUGGCCAAAAACCUAUGCAAAUUUCAGCAUGGGGUCGGGACGUCUUCGGCAGCCUCGAGGAAAUGCUACUCGCUAUCGGCGACAUGCACUUUGGGCGCGGCUGGACGAUAACGGGAACCGUCGCGGACAGAAACGCCGUGCUGGAUGUUAGCAAAGCCCGAUACAUGCAUGGCUGGGACCCGCAGGGCGACCCUACCGUGGCCGCAGUUAUCCGUCUCGCGGCCUGCAGCCAUCGUCUAGACGCCAUCCACAGUCCUGAAGUCAGCACGGGCUUCUCUACUCCAAGCAUGUGUUGCAGCGACUGCGGCAGCGAGAGCGCUGUCCAGGGCACGGACCUGCCCAGCUGCAGCCAGUCUGAGGCCUCAUGGUCACCCCACACGGCCACCAGAGGCGACGGCUCUGUCCUGCCUGCGUCCAGUUCCGCCUCACAGCUCCUGACAAAGAUCAACUCGUCCGUAACUUUUGCGGGAGCCUUCAGCUGUGGUAGCUGCGGGGGAGGCAGCAGCACGCAACUUCGAGACCGAGGCCCUCGAGUUUCGGAGCCAGACCCGCCUGAAACCCCCAACUUGACCGACCCUGGGAGGGCGUGUCGCAGCUCCGCGAGCACCGCCAGUUCGAGCAGGGCUACUACCCCCACCGCCGCGGCAAGCACACCCAGCGGCACUGGGCGGCCAUCUUGCGGAGGCGGCAGCGGCAGAGGGCAGCAAUCAGGACGGAAUCGGUCGGCAGGGCAGGAGGCGCUGCACUUCAAGCACGGCGAAUCCUCACCCGUUGCGUCGCUGCAUGGGCGGCCUCAAGCGUCGCAGCAAAUGUCUGGUACAUCUCCGCAGUUCAGACCAUGCCAACAUCUGCCAUCGGCAGCCGCAAACGUCCAGUCGCGCGCUCACCCCGGCGUGGGUGUUGCGGCGUCACCGCCCUCUCGCAGAGGUAUUCUCGAGCGCUGCGCUUGCUGCCUGCAGCAGCUCUUCGCCUCGCGGCCGUACCAGCACACCUACACGCUGUCCUUCCUGGUGGAGGCACUCGCGGCGUCAGACGAGGUGGUGGCCUGGGGCAAGCAAGCCGCGUUCUUCAGCCUCGUCGGUUACGCGGAGGCGGUGUACGGCAGCUUUGAAGGUCUGCUGCUGGAAGUGGAGCGCCUGUACUUUGGCGGUUCCUGGCGUUUCGGAGGCGGCAUGAGCUCGGCAGAGCCACGAGUGGUGUGUAUCGCCGCAUCACCGAUGGGCGCUCCGCAGCCUUGCGACGGUGGAGGCGGCGGCGGCGGAGGCCCCAAGACGCUGCGGAGUGGCGGCAGGUUGACGUCGGGCGGCGGCGGUGCCAGGCAGCGUGUAGGCGUGAUGCCGGGUGUGGGUGCGGGCCAGGCGUUGUGGUAGCACAGCAGCAGGCCCUGUUUUGCAACGACUGGGGCCUAGGGGUUUUGGGUUUGGUCGACAGUUUGCACAGGCAUGCAAUAUCGACGCAUGUUGCGUAGGGCAUUGGGAGUUUUGAGGUUUAGGCUUCCCUUCCGUUGUGUUGCAUUGUUUCUACAUCCUCGAAAUGUGCACUGAAUAUUUUUUCCGCACUGCAUCUUGCCGGGGUGACCGCGGCUCACUGAGAGCAUUGGGUAGGUGAGCGGGUAAGGAGCCCCCGAGUUCCCCGGCAGGGUCUGUUGUCAAUAAACUCUUGUGGAACACUCUAAAGGUGUUUUAGGUGUGUGUGCUCCGCUGCGACAGUUACACAGACAAUGAAGGAUGCGGAAAUGGGAGGGCGUGAUCUCACGAUACCUGGCCUUGGGUUGCGAUGGGGUCUUGUGCUCCCUCUGCGAGCGCACCUUGUGAUUCGAGUUCGGCGGCGAAAGCCAGCGUAGAAUAAGCGAUGACCUCUGGGCCACGCGGGGCAACAGCGUGGUUUGAGUUCGGUCAUUAUAUACUGGAUUAGGGUUAUUCACUACAAAUGCGUGUAUUUUCCAUGCCGCGAUACGUGCGAUUCUUCAAUGGACCCCAUGAUGCCGGUUUGAGUUUCUGCACUAAAUUAUUCGUGCUGUGUUGUGCCAUUGCAGGUUGUUCGGUUGCUAUGUUAAGCAGCGUUGUGCGUGCCAUUGACAGCACACCCUCAAGAUCCAAACUGGGUCUUUGGUUCCCGUCUUUGGUUCCCUUGGUUUUAUUGGUGGUGUGUGCCUGUGGGGGCAAUGGAUGCUGCCGUGGUGUCGAAUAGCCAGACCUAGGUGAAAGGUCUGGGCAAAGCUGUUACGGCGAUGGGUUUUGGCCUGCCCUUGAUAUAAGUUGCACCGCUAGUCCGCGGCUUGUGAGCUUGUGAGCCGGGCUCUGGUGCCCAGCUUCCUGGGGCAGUAGCGGUAUUUAAGGAUAAGGGAGCCGUCCUUGGAGUAACUUCCCUGGCUGCAUACACUUAUGGUAGCGUGCGCUUAGGUGGCUCAUGCUUGACCGUAAGCCCCACUGCAAACCCCACACCGGCAUAUGCUCUACGGAAGUUGUCGCAUGAAGCCUGACGCAUACCUUCCUGCUUGCCAUGGUGCAAAUGUGAAUUUCGGAAGCAUUAAGGGC